AUGUUCGCCGGGUAUCUUGGCAAGACUUUGGAUUCCAUCACCCUUUCACCUAGUUUGCUGUUCUAUGCUACGGGAACUGUUUUGAUCGCUCGAUUACUGCAAGCUUUGACAUGGCGAUGGUGGUUUCACCCCUUUGCGUCGGUCCCCGGGCCACGGUUAGCAGCAGUCUCUAGUCUGUGGCAGAUAUGGCAAGAUGUUUUUCGAGAUGGGGACACUGCUCGAGCUAUUGACAAACUUCAUCAGGAGCAUAAUACUGAUAUUAUUCGCAUUUCACCAAACCAUGUUCACAUCAAGGACCCCGACUUCUACUUCAAGUUGAGAUUUGAUAAAGAUCCGGAUUUCUAUUCUAAGCUAGGGGUUCCGCAUUCAAUUUUGAGCGCUGACACUAAAUCCGCCCGAGCUAUGCGGAGCAAAGCAAGUGCCAUCGUCGCACCGCGAGACUGGGGGGUUGCAGCCCACUCUCAAAGAGGCGAAGAGAUCAAUCUGUUCCAUACAAUUCGGACUAUAUCGACCGAUAUCAUCUGCAAUUUAUGCUUUGGGUUCGCUCCUGGUUUCGUCAAACGGCCCGAGGAUGCAUCACAACUUUUCAAUGUUCUUGACAUGUGCUUGGAGGGGCUUUGGUUCACUGUGCAUAUUCCGUAUCUUGCGGAAUACCUGAAUAGACUACCGAAGUGGUUGCUCAAGAUUCUGCUUCCGGGACUGACAUACUUCAAAAAUCAAAGCGGAGAGUGGGUCGAUGAGACUUUGAGAAACAGCAGGAAUUCCAGCGUGGAAGAUCGCAAAACGACGAUCAUGGAUGCUCUGAACCCUUCGCCCAACCAAAAUAUCGGCACAGCAGAUCGCGAUUGGCUAAUUGACCAAGCCAAUACGUUUGUAUUUGCGGGCGUGGAUACGACAUCUACGAUGUUGAUGUAUACUUUCCACAAGGUUCUAUCUUCCCGCGAAAUUCACAGCCGCUUACAACACGAGCUACGAAAUGCCAAUAUUUCGAUUCAAGAAGGUUACGAUUGGAAGGCGGUCCGAGAUUUACCCUAUUUGACUGCAGUAAUAAAAGAGGGACUGCGGUUGAGCGCUGUUAUCCCAGGACGACUUCCUCGGACGGUCCCAGCUGGAGGGGUAGAAUACAAGGAGACCUUUCUUCCCGGGACCGUUGUGUCGAGCACGAUCUACUCGAUGCACCAUAAUUCGACGAUAUUUCCCGAUCCAGAUAUCUUCAGUCCAGACCGGUGGCUAGCUGAAAACAGCGUCGAGCUUGAGAGAUAUAACGUUGCUUUCAGCAAAGGGAAGAGGAGCUGCAUUGGAAUGAAGUAG